UCACCGACAAUUCGUAUUAUUCGAGCACACUCCCCUCCUUUUAUUUUCCAUGUGGUUGCGAGGGAAAUACAUCGCGCGAUAAUGUAGCCAUGGUCAUUUUUGCACGUUUCCCGGCUCCAAUUGUGUGCAGAGAGUGAUCGCGGAAAAUUCUCGCAGUCAACAUGUUGUCUACGUUUGCAGUGUGCUUUUGGGCGACAACCGCGUUCGCCGCGUGCAACGUCAAGACGCGGGUGCAUUACAUACGCGCCGAAGACCGGUCACGCGGCGCCGUCAACUCGUAUUUCCCCGAACGGUUGCAGUCGCGCACGUCAUCCAUUUUCGGGUCCGCGGGCGGACAGGCCCAGACCGCGGCCACCGGGUUCCCGUACCGGUUCGUCUUUCCGGCCAACCAUCCGGCGCUCAGCCGGCCCGUGUACUCGUCGCCGUUCGCGCAGACCUCGCAUCAGUCCGAAUCGCCCUACUCGGCCGAGGAUCUGUUCUCGCCCUCGUCGUCCAAACACCAUCCGCUGUCCGAAUUCAAGAACCAGCAGCAGCAACCGCUCGGUUACGAGACGAUCGGCAAAGUCCAAUACGAAUACUUCGGCGGCGGCGGCGGCGGCGGCAAGCACCUCGUGCAACCGCAACCGUACCAUCUGAUCAAACAGCCGAAACACUACCAGAGCUACGAGCUGGGGCCGAACGCCGCCAACACCGUCCAACACCAGCCCAACCAGCCGGUCCACCAGUCGUUCUACCCGUCCACGUCCGCGUCCGUUGCCCAACCGAUCAUGUUGCUCAUACCGUCUUCCGGGCAACCGGGCGCCCCGUACCAGACCUUGGUGCUGGUCCCGUCGUCGGCCAGCUCGCCGCCGCCGUCGCCGCCGCCGCCGCCGUCACUGCCGCAACACCAAUCGCCGGUGUUCACCGGUUUCCACCCGCAGAUCCAUCACCUGCCGCCGCCCGCGCAAUUUUUGCCCGGUUUCGUCACCCAUCCGCGAGGACCGCCGAUGGUCGCCAGCUUCCCGUCCGGGCUCGGCGGCGGCGGCGGCGGUAGCAUCGGGCUGGGACGGUUCCCCGGCGCGCAACUGUUCCACCGGUCACACGAGCCGCUCCAGAAGCAACAGCACCACAGUCAGUACUCGCAACAAAAGUCGUCCCACUCGUCCCCGUUGCAGUUACCGCCGUCGACGUCGUACCAAUCGCCUGCGUCGUACCAAGGUUCCGGGUCGGUGAACGUGCAGCACACCACGGCGACCGGAUCGGCGUCGGCUGCGGCUGCUGCUACGGCGGCGGCGGCGGCGGCGGCGGCCGCGGCGGCGCAACAACCGUUAGAGGACAAGGUUAGCCACGGUUCGGGUGCGUCCGGAGAAAAUUCGGACGACCGUAGCGAAAACAGCGCCGAGACGAAACGCGAGGAAAAGUCGCCCGAGUUCGGUGACAAGACCAACGCGAAACUUCCCAAACGGAUCGUAGUCACGUGACGCGUACUUAUGUAUACAUUUAAUUAUUUUCAUCAUUCGGGCGUUUGCCCGUUACUCGAUUGCGUCGUGCCGAACCUGAACGCUCCAGCAAGCCCUAAUUGUGAAUGAAUAGAAUCGUUUCAACGUCCAUUUGCAGUUAUUUUCAAAAAAAAAAAAACCCCCGCCGAAAAUUCAACUUCUCGUUCGAUGUGUAGACUUGAAUUGAUCUCCCCCAGAUCAACGUCCAAUAGUCUUUUCUCACACUGCACAUGUUUGUACAGGCAAAAUGAUAACAUAUAAUUUUUUUAAUACUGUACACACUGUACGUUCAAUCAUUUCAUUCGAUUUCAAUUUCAUAAAUCAUAAUAUUCUUUAAAAAUAUUUUUAUUUUUAUUUUUUUAAGUUUAAAAUGUAAAUAAUGUUGAAUGGAAAUCGAGUAUCGAUACUUUUUCAAUUAAAUUUUUAUUUACGUCUAACUUAAUUAUACUUUUUAUACUGUAUAACACUGGUUAAUAUACUGAAAAUUCACAAUGGAAACACUACGAUGGUUUUAUUAUUACAUUUAAGAUUAUUUUCACACAUUCUAUAUACCUCAAAUAUCUUAUUCGCUGUAAAUCUAUACAAUUCAAACAAACAAAAUGUAGUUUAUGUUAGUUCAAAUUAAAAGUUUGAACAACUGUUUAUAUGAUAAUCUGAUUUACAUAAAAGUUAUUGUCACUUUUCUGAACCAAAUACGACAGAAAUAUCCUGCAUAAUGUGCAUUUAGUUUUACUAAAAUUUGCAAUUGUUUAGCUCUUAUAAAUUG